ACAAAAACCAGCAUGAGUCUCCUCGGUAGAGGAAAUUGACCCCACAGGCACUAGCCUUCUGUCCCAUAAAAUAAGUUGGAGGGGUGGCUGCAUGGGAGUCAUCUUCAUCGGACCCGACCCGAGCCCUGGCAAUGGUGUCGUGGAGAACACAUUACGCUUGUACUUGUGAUAUCGAGAUAGCUGUUCAGUAUUUGAAGGCAGGGUGUAACUGAUAAUCUUGGCCUCUUGGUCCAUAUCCUACCCAUUUUUCUUCAAGCAUCAAUACCGGUAGUCACUAGUUAACGCGUUACCACAUUCAAUACGAUGGCCGUCAGCAUCCCUAACUCGUUUCGUGAGAAACUUCUCCGUGGCGAAAUUGCUUAUACACUCAGCGUGAAAUUGGUCAGAUCCGUGGAAGUACCAAUGAUGGCGAAGACGGCGGGGUUCGAUGGUCUUCUCGUUGAUAUGGAACACUCUUCUUUCGACUUGGAUACUACUAGCCAGAUAUGUAUCGCAGCGCUUUAUGCUGGCAUUGCAACGAUAGUUCGUGUUCCUAGUAAGGAAUCUUCAUUCGUUUCGAGAGUAUUGGAUGGUGGGGCUCUCGGCGUUAUCGUUCCUCAUAUAAGAAGUGUCCAAGAUGCCAAAGAUGUCGUCAAGGCAGCCAAGUUCCAACCAGUAGGAUCCCGAUCUUCGACGAAUGGACUGCCACACUACCAAUUUCGAUCUAUCCCGGCUAAGAAAUCCAAUCCGGUUACCAACGCGGCGACAUUGGUAAUUCCUAUGAUUGAGACGUUGGAAGCAUUGGAACUGGUUGAUGAGAUCGCAGCCGUGGACGGGGUAGAUUCGCUGCUCAUCGGAACGAAUGAUCUCACAGCUGAGAUGGGUAUUCCUGGGGAUUAUGAAAACCCUCGGUUGACGGAAGCGUACGAACGGACGAUCGCUGCUUGUGCCAAGGUUGGAAAAUACGUAGGAAUCGGUGGAUUACACGCGAGGUUGGAUCUUGUCGAGAAGUUCUGUGGGAUGGGAGCUAGAUGGGUUAUGGCUGCUACAGAUGGUCCUUUGCUCUUGAACGGAGCUACCAAGGCUGCUGGUGCAAUGACGGAAAUCAAUACGAGAAUUACUGGUUUAGGAAAGAAGAAUGGAAUAAACGGGACAAAUGGUGUAAAGAAAGAGGCAUGAAAUGAAAUGGGACUGGACGAUUAUGCUAAUGUUUUCAGGGUGUUGUGGAAGAAGAAGUUGUAUUUUCUAAAUUCUGGGGCCCCGUGCCCGUGCCGGGGGGCCAAGAUCUAGAAUUGAGGGUGACUAAUCAUCUUGAUAAAUCCAUAUUAUUUAGAAAAUAAAGAGCUUAGUAAUGUGACUACAUUA